ACCUACGCCGCGCUCAUAUUUACCAGUGCUGCCGUUCAGCCAGGCGCUACGCGUUUCGGAACGGUGUCUAAUAUAUUUUAUUGUUACCUUGGACCCCCGUGGAAUACUGUUGUUGUGGCAACACAGUGACCUCUCAAACUGAGGAGUGCAGUGGUGAUAAACAAGUGCAGUGAUGAGGCCUCCAUCGGAAUACAACGAUACUCGGAUGCCCGCUGAGGCGGAAGAAGGCGAUCCUAGAGCACCUGCCAUGAUGAUUUGCGCAAGAUUAGCUGGCCGCGCCAUCAUCAGAGUUGUCGGUCGAUGUGAAGAUGCACAGGAAAACAGCCAAUUAGAUUUAUCGGAAUGUCAACUAAUGCAAGUUCCUGAUGCAGUUUAUCAUUUAAUGCGACACACAGAAUUAAAGAGCUGUGAUCUCAGUGGAAAUGUUAUAACAAAAAUACCACCAAAGUUUACUGUUAAAUUUAGUCUUAUUACAGAUUUGAAUCUUUCAAAUAAUCAAAUGGCUAAGUUGCCGGAUGAGCUGUGUACUCUAGCCUGCCUCGAGCGGUUGGAUAUUUCCCACAACUCCUUUGUAGCCCUACCUCACAUUGCCUUCCAAUGUCCUAGUCUGCACACGCUGCUUGCACAUCACAACCAAAUUAUUGAAGUGGAUGUCGAUAGAUUAGCGAGAUCUCGUGCCCUCGAAUAUGUAGACCUUAGUGACAACCCUAUUCCACCACGCACACAUGCAGAGUUGAAGCAAAUCACACAUCCCAGGAUAUCUAUAUCUGAGAGACAGAAGGAAGACUGGGAAGAAGAUCUCUUAAUAUAGAAGGAAAUGUCCUUAAUUUCUGAGUACUAGAUAAUAAGGGAUCAGUGUAUGUUAUGUCCAAUAAGGGACUGGUCCUCAUUUCAACUGUGAUUUUACUGUAUUUGACCUAAAAUAUGGUAAUUCUAGUUUCAUAGACUUAAUUUAAGCCUAGACUGCCUAGGUGUUUCGCAGUAUAUAUUUAAGUGCUCAAAUACUACUUAUUUUUUUUAAUAACAAUUUCUAUUCAAUUAAAAAACUAUUAUUGUGUGAAGUUGUUUUAGUAAUAAGUUUCUGAAAAGAGGGUGCUCAAAUGCAUGCAUAAUUAAGUUGUGAGUUGUUGCUGAAAGAAGAAAGUUUUAGAAGCAUCUUAAGUGCAACUCAAUACUAAAAAAAUUUUAGCAGUCAGAUGUAAAUAUGUAUUUUGAUAUCAUCCACUAUGUUCUUUUAUUAUACUUUGAAGUGGAUAUUUAGUUAUUUUUGUUAAUCUAUUAAUUUCUUUUUGGCCUGAUUCUUAGAAUCAUUUGUCACUGUUUCCUUAAUUUUGUGUAUAUCUAUUGAAAUUAAUUGUAAUUAUUAGUCUAUUGAGACUGUACAUUCAAAUUUUAAAAGAGGUUAUUCAACUAUAACUGUUUUAGUUACACAUAUAGUUAAAGUUGGUAAUGCCAAAAUUGUUUAAUAUUUUAACUGAAUUAUUAUA